CGUCGCUCGUAUCGCGCGUUUUCGCUCCCGCUAGCGCAUCCGCUCCGCUAUGAAGGUGAAAGUCAAAGGCGCCCGUGCCAAAAACAUGGACAAGCUGAUCGCGGCAGUUCAAGCCCGCGAGUGCUUGUGGGACAAAAGUUACAGAGGGCACAGAAAUCGGUUUAAGUUGGAGCGUUAUUGGAACGAAGUGGCCACAGAAGUUGGGACCACUAGUCUAAACUGCAGAAAGAGAUGGAAGAACCUCAAAGACCAAUGUCGAAAAGAAAUGAAGAAAAAUCCAAACGAAUCCGAAUGGCCGCAUUUCCAAAAAUUAAAAUUCAUUCAUCACCAAUUUUUAGCGGAGGAUGAAGAAGGUGAUGAUGACACAACUGAUGAAGUAUUUAAUUCUCUCGAUGAAUCUAUAAAACGACCAAAACUUGGAUAUACAAUGAGAAAGAAAUUACUUAUGAACAAAAGAAGAACUAUAGAUGUCGAUAUGAACAAAUUGAUUGAGCUAGUUCAAGUGAGAGAUAUCAUAUGGAAUAGACAGUUAAAAGGACAUCACAACUGGUACAAGUUGGAUGAAAGUUGGAAGGAGAUUUCUCGUGAAUUAGGAGUUACUCGAGACGAAGCGAGAUUGAAAUGGAAAUAUCUACGAGACCAAGCGAGAAAAGAAGUUCGCAAACAGGGAUCGGAAUGGGAGUAUUUACCAAAACUCCAAUUUCUUACCAAUCAGUUUAAUGAUUACGAAGGGAACGAUACGGCUGAUGACCACUUCAAUCAGGACACAGACUUCGAUACCACCGCUGAUCAGAGCAGUAGCUUCUAUAUCGAACCACCAACAAACGAUGUUAGCGUCAAAGAUGAUGAAUUUGAUGAAUUUGACACGAAACCUAUUAUUAUGGAGACUGACUUCUACGACGAUGACGAUGAAGCCCAAAAGAGCGUUGGCAAUAGUAAUGAUACUCCUGAAGUAGCCAAAGAUGAGGAUAUAGGCUUCUUCAACAGUCUUAUCCCGCAUGUGAAAAAGUUGGGACCAGCCAAGAAGUUAAUGUUGAGAAUGAAGAUCCAAGAACUGGUGUAUAAUACGGUUUACAACGAAACCUAGGACCGGCUUAAUAAAGAAGACCUUGGGGUGCUUCUUUUGAACAAUUUAUAAAUUCUGCUCUUAACGUGUUUUAAGUAAACAGUGUUACCUAAAUGUCUUAGUAGGUUGAAGUGUUGAACAAAGUUGUGGUGGGUUGUUGGUUUCUUGAGAUAUUUAAUAGGUGUUUGAAACUUUGCUUGACUUUAGUACCAUUGUCAUGUCAAAUGAUUGUUGUAUAUUAUAAGAUGCUAAUUAAUUAAUUGGAUCAUGGGCAAAAAUAUAAUGCUAUGAUACUGCGUAAAAGACAGAACAUUUCAAUGUUUAUAUAAAUAUUCAGCAAUAUUAAAAAAAACUGAAUUAUAUGAUAACAUCAUAUACUUAAGAUGCUAUUUUGUCAUAUAAUACAAUAGAUUAAGUUGCUGAUUAAUAGUUUAUUGAUUAGUGACAAAUAAAAAAGGGAAUACGGUAUUAUUGAUAUAAUAUUGUAGGAUUUUAUUGUCUUAAAUAUUAUUUUUUUGACAACGAUAUCUUAGUCAGCGUUAAAAAUAUAUAUAUAUAUAUAUUAAAUGUUUCAUCAUUUACAUUUUUGAAUAGAAUUAUUGUAAUUUUUGUACUAAACGCCAGAUUCUGAAACGAUUAUCAAUGACAGAUUUACAAGUCUAAAUAUCGAACACUUAUUGGUCGAAUAUUGCGUCAUCAACAGCCGACCAAUGACCAUUCAGAUUAAAAUAAAAUUGGAUUACAUGACUGAUAUGCAUUUUGUAAAUUAAUAGCUUAUAAAUGUCCCUAAGCUGAGCUAAGAUCUCCUUUUUGAGAAGAUUAAAAAAGCAAUGGUGUUGUAAAAUCUGUAAGACGUUUGAAAGGGCGGAGUAUACAGCAAGAAAUAAUUGCUACGCCUUUGUUGGUAUUAAUUGUUAUUGUUAUAAUAAGCAUAGCAUUAGCUGCGCUUGGGUUGUUAUUCAAAUAUUGCCCUUAUAUAAGCCGCAAGUUAGAAGUGGAAAUUUGAUGAGAAGAUUAGAAGAGUUCGCCAGCUAGUGUUAAGUAAGUUUAUACGUAGAAAUUGUUUCUACUUUUGUUGUACAUGAUAUCUAAAGAAAUUUACUGAUAGUGGAUCUCCAGACUUGCCUGAGUGGGUACCGCUCACUCAUCUGUUAGACAUUUAUAUUUUGUAUUGCUGUAUUUGUAGGAUGAGUGAGCCAAUGUUUACCAUUUACAUAACUGCCAAAAAUAAAGUACAAGACUUUUUUUUAAUAAAUAAAUUGUACCGCCUUUAAAUAUUGUAAUCUCUUUCUCACGAGUGAUACUGAAACGGAUAGUAUAAAGGCUAUUAUGUAAGAACAAACUAAAAAGUAACCGCAGAACGGUCUCUCAUUAUAACAUUUCAAGAACACGCGUAUAAAUCGGUUGUCCACAUUUCACGGGUGAGUAAUGAAGUGAGUUCUUGCAGAAUAGCACUGUAGAUAUGUUAGUCUUGCCAAAUUUAGAUAUUGUGUACCACAAAAUCAGAAUUAUUGUUACAUCUUUUAGAAAUCAUAAAAAGACUGUUUAUUUUGUAAUGCACAAACUAUGACUAUGUAUGACGUUUAUAUAAGAUAAAAUGUCACGUAUAUUUACUUAUAUGUCUAUAUAAGUACAUC